GGAAAUGGGCAUUCUGGGGUUUUGAAAUUUUGGUUCUUCUUUGGAUUAGAUUUCAAAUUUCUAUCUUUUUGUGGGGGUUCUUGAAAUUUUUUUCACUGAUCUCUGGGAAUUUCAUUUCAUUGUUGGUUUGCGUAAAGUUUUGAUCUUUUUGGGAGAGGAGAAAAUGGCCUGAGGUUGAAUCUGGUGCAGAGUUGUUUAAUUACUUUCGAGUCUAAAGACAUGGUCUUGUUGCAUAAGAGAUCAGACGAUAAUGGCUACCAUGCACCUCUGAUACCGCGAUCUACCAGAUCGACCAGGAAGAGGGGUUUUACCUGGAGGAAAGCUGAGGUUGAUAAACAAAAAUGUGCAUUUGAUUUACUAGCCACAAUAGCUGGAAAUUUACUCCUGCAGGAAGGGGAUAACUCCCCUCCUUCGUCCACCAAAGACAACAACAACGAGGAAGAACAGAACGCGCAAGAGACAAUCUCAGAAGAACAAUGCCGCGAUCGUGGUGGCUGCGAACGGAAUUUCUUUCUUUCGGAGCUUGUCGCGAAAGAACAAAUUUGUUAUGAUGAUCAUGAGGAACAUGAGACUUGGCCAUCUGCAGUAACGACAACCUCUGAUUGUUCAGGCCGGCUUGAACUUGGAAGCCUAAACAGGAAGGGAUUUGAAUGUGGAAAAGAGAGAAAUGACAACCAUAGGAAUCUCAAGGAUUACCCUUUUAAGAAAAGGACGCUUUAUGAUGAUGAUGAUGAUGAUCAUAAGAACUCAAUGUCCAUUUCUGAAAUUGGCCAUUAUAAUGAAGAUGCUUCCAGUUAUGCUCUAACAUUACCUACAGGGACAUCAUCGUCUUCUAGAGGUGAAGGUGCAUCGUUUAGAUCCAAUGAGUCGUCCCGGGUGAAGCUCAGAAUAAAGUCUUUCAGAAUCCCGGAGCUCUUUAUCGAAAUCCAAGAAAAUGCAACUGUUGGUUCUUUGAAGAGGACAGUUAUGGAGGCAGUGACAACAGUUCUUGGCAAUGGACUAAGGGUUGGUGUGCUUUUGCAAGGCAAGAAGGUUAGAGAUGACACCAAAACCCUAUUACAGUCCGGAAUUCGCCACGAUGACAACGCGGUUGGCUUCACCCUUGAGCCCAUUUCUGCCCAAGAUUCCACCCAACCAAGAGAUCCUCGCCGCGUAAAGAACACGACCAAUCUCAUCGGAAGUGGCGCCACAUCAGCAAUGAAUGAUGUGGUGGGACCAUUGGUUGCAUUUCCCAGAGGGAAUAAUGUGGGAGGAGGAGGAGGAGGAGGAGCCCUUGCUGUCGCAGCUCCUCCUUCCCCAACGAGGAAACCAAGGGGACCCGAAACUGCACAGCGUCGGAUCCGUAGGCCUUUCACGGUUUGUGAGGUGGAAUCGCUGGUUCAAGCCGUUGAGAAGCUGGGAACCGGGAGGUGGCGCGUCGUCAAGCUUCGCGCCUUUGACAAUGCCAAGCAUAGGACUUAUGUUGAUCUUAAGGUGGGUGUCCCAAAAUCCUAUGUUUUCCAUGAAUCUGCAUUGCUAUAAAUCUCAAUCCAAUGUUGUAGGGCUUCUUUGGUUUAUUUAAGUUGAAAUUUUAAAAAAACAGUUGAAUAUGAUGAUUUUAAGGUAUGUAAAUAUGCAUGUAUUUUAUGGCAGGACAAGUGGAAAACAUUAGUUCACACAGCAAGAAUAUCCCCUCAGCAAAGGAGAGGAGAACCGGUGCCUCAGGAGCUACUGGACCGGGUCUUAAUUGCGCACUCCUACUGGUCAAACCGCCAACAUAAUCACCAACACCGCUCUCCCACUGCCUUUCUACUCUAAUUAAGACUAACCUCAAAC